AUGCAGCGAGGUGGAAGCGAUUGUGUGGUGAUGGAGAGAAAGAGCGAGAAAGCGAAACCGAAGACCCAUUUGAUAUUCGCGUACGGCACGUUGAAGCGUGGAUUCCCCAACCACUAUCUGAUGGAGGAGUUGAUGAGCCAAGACGACGCCGUAUUGGUUGGCUCCUACUCGACGGAGGAGUGUUACCCGCUGGUGUGUGGGCCCCACGGCAUUCCUUACCUGAUCAACCUACCCGGGUCAGGGCAUCGGGUGAAGGGCGAGGUUUAUGCCGUGUCGGAGGGUGCGGUGGCUGUGCUGGACGAGUUCGAAGGCGUGAGCGCCGGGUGCUACGAGCGGUUACCGGUGGCGGCGGUGGAGGGUGGGGAGAGGGUGGAGGCGGAGGCGUAUUGGGGACAUAGAAGAUUCGGGGAGUUGCUGUGGAAGACGAAGGGGGAGGUGGGGUUGAAGGCGUAUGGGGUUGAAGAAAUGAAAGAAUACGUGAGAAAGGAGAACAGAUCCGGUGGUCGAAACACUAUUCUUGACCUUGUUCCUUAG